AUGGACUCCCCCACACCAGCAUCCACCAACAACAACGGACAACUAUCAGAAGAGGACUCCAUGCUGGAGGACGACGAAGGUAGCCUCCUCAACACAGAGCAAGAAGAAGCCAGAAGACUGCUCUUCGACACCACCCCGACACCACACCAACAUUUCGACCACCUAGAAAACAUCAUACUCAGCACAGCGAGUGACGUUCAAGGCGACAUAGGCACCAUACUCACCUGGGUACAGGACACCGCCGCAUCCGUCAACGAGGUCAACGAAAACAUAAAAACCCUGGUCACAAUCAACAUCAAGCUUCAAGAAGAGGUAACAGUACUCAAAGGACAAAAUGGCGAGAUACGGGCCACACUGAAGAAAGUACUCGAGGAGGUCAACGAACUUAGGAGCAACAACUCAGAGGUAACCCGUCUGCUAACUCAGAACCUGGCACCUUCUCAAGGCGCUCGAGAGCGCCAGUCGAACCACAUGGCCACCGCGACAACUCACAAGACGACGACAACCCUCGGACCAACAUUCAGGCCCACGCUUCCACCCAAGGCCCCAACUGCGAAACCUGCCGCACGCCCCACAGAUGCACACCACCCGUCUCGACUCGUCGUUCGCUUCGUACGGACCGGAGUGAAAGAGGAUGACAAAGAGGAUCCCCGGGCCCUGGCAGAACGCCUCAAUCUCAGUAUAAGCUCUGCUGCCCUCAUUCGCGGACUCGAAAUCCCGCCAAUGGUCGUAGCGGUCAACUACAACCGAACAAACAGCAGCCUCAUAGUCUAUGUAAGAGAAGAUCAAGCAGCCGCUGACCUACUCCCCUUCGAAGAGGAGAUCAGAAGAUGCAUACUACAGGACAACCCCCAAGGAUACGAGCUGAAAAUCUACGUCGACAAAAAGUGGUUCAAAAUACAAGUCGACAACGUACCGACAAAGGACCGAUAUGGAUACAUCUUCACGUCGGCAACCCUGAUGGAAGAACUAACUAGGAACAAUGCAACAGUAUCGAAGCUUUAUCAAGAGGAACGCAUUACCAUGGAACCCCGGUGGACAAGAACGAUGGAGGACCUUAUGGCCCAAGGAACCCGCAGGUCCUCAUUCAUAUUCGGAACUGACUCAGAAGAAAGCGCCAAUAAAAUAAUCAAAUCCAAGAGCCUUGCAGUCUUCGGGACAUACUGCGACAUACGGCCAUACCAAGACCGCCCACCAGUAUGCCAAUGCAACAACUGCUGGAACAUGGGACACCAACGCAAAACGUGCAAGACAGGGGAGACCUGCAGACUAUGCGCGUCGAAAGAACAUAACGAGAAAGCACACACAGAGGCGUGCACAAAAUGUCUAGCGAUCAGAGAGAGCGAGGGAGACAUGGAAACAGAACUAUUGGUUUGUGACCACAAUCUACGCUGUACUAACUGCUUAGAUGCAGGAAAAGAAGACACCAACCAUGCGGCGAACAGCAGGAGAUGCCCAAUCCGACUCGAUGCAUUUGGCACAGCACGUACAAAUGAAAAAGCCGCAAUCAGAAAAGGAACCCCAUACCAAGUGGUGGGACCGAAGAAGAGCCGCAAGAAGAAGACCAACAAGGAUAGCACUAUGCCGCCCACCACCACCACGGCCAGUGGAAACACCUCCAACUGCUUUGCAGCACUAGACGACAUCGACAUGGAUCUCAACAAUAGCUCGACACAACGCACCGCCGGACCUUCACAAUGA